AUGGAGAGGCUGAAUAUCCUGGUGUUCCUCAUAAGCGACCGUGACCCUCAGUGCAACCUCCACUGCUCCAGGACUCAACCCAAACCCAUCUGUGCCUCCGACGGCAGGUCCUAUGAGUCCAUGUGUGAGUACCAGCGAGCCAAGUGCAGAGACCCGACCCUGGGUGUGGUACAUCGAGGCAGAUGCAAAGACGCUGGUCAGAGCAAGUGUCGCCUGGAGCGGGCUCAGGCCCUGGAGCAAGCCAAGAAGCCGCAGGAGGCGGUGUUUGUCCCGGAGUGCAGCGAAGACGGCUCCUUUACCCAGGUUCAGUGCCAUACUUACACAGGGUACUGCUGGUGUGUCACCCCAGAUGGGAAGCCCAUCAGUGGCUCUUCCGUGCAGAAUAAAACUCCUGUAUGUUCAGGUUCAGUCACCGACAAGCCCUUGAGCCAGGGUAACUCAGGAAGGAAAGAUGACGGGUCGAAGCCGACACCCACGAUGGAGACUCAGCCCGUGUUCGAUGGAGAUGAAAUUACAGCCCCUACUCUAUGGAUUAAGCACUUGGUAAUCAAGGACUCCAAACUGAACAACACCAAUGUAAGGAAUUCAGAGAAAGUCCAUUCGUGCGACCAGGAGAGGCAGAGCGCCCUGGAAGAGGCCCGGCAGAGUCCCCGGGAGGGCAUCGUCAUCCCCGAGUGCGCCCCCGGGGGGCUCUACAAGCCGGUACAGUGCCACCAGUCCACUGGCUACUGCUGGUGUGUGCUGGUGGACACGGGGCGCCCGCUGCCUGGAACCUCCACGCGCUACGUGAUGCCCAGUUGUGAGAGCGAUGCCAGGGCCAAGAUUGCGGAGGUGGACGAUCCCUUCAAGGACAGGGAGCUGCCAGGCUGUCCAGAAGGGAAGAAGAUGGAAUUUAUCACCAGCCUACUGGAUGCCCUCACCACUGACAUGGUGCAGGCCAUUAACUCAGCAGCGCCUACCGGAGGUGGGAGGUUUUCAGAACCGGACCCCAGCCACACCCUGGAGGAGCGCGUGGUGCACUGGUACUUCAGCCAGCUGGAUAGCAAUAGCAGCAACGACAUCAACAAGCGGGAGAUGAAGCCCUUCAAGCGCUACGUGAAGAAGAAAGCCAAGCCCAAGAAGUGUGCCCGGCGUUUCACUGACUACUGUGACCUGAACAAGGACAAGGUCAUCUCACUGCCCGAGCUGAAGGGCUGCCUGGGUGUCAGCAAAGAAGUAGGACGCCUCGUCUAAGGAGCGGAAAACCAAAGGGCAGGUGGAGAGACCAGGGAGGCAGGACGGACCACCCGACACCUAACCUUCACCAGCUCCCCCGGCCCGGCCACAUCCCGUGUAACAGAAGUGGUGCCCACCGUGUUUGCACUUUUGAUAACUCUCAUUUGCGUGUUUUCUUUUCGGUUUCAUUUUUAAGCACCAGUAUCUAAUACCACAGUGGGAAAAGGAAAGGGAAAAGGACUGUUUAUUCUCUAUCUUAUUGUAAGUUUUUGGAUCUGCUACUGACAACUUCGAGGGGUUUUUUUUUUGGUGGGGGGGGGGCGGGUGGGUGUUUGUUGCUGGGACUGAGAAGAAAGAGAUUUAUAUACUGUACAUAAAUAUAUAUGUAAAUUGUAUAGUUCUUUUGUACAGGUUUUGGCAUUUUGCUAUUUGUUUAUUCCUCCCCCCGCCCCACCCCGCUCUCGUUGUGGGGGCUCCGGACACAUAGCCCAGCUUUCUAGAACCCAGGACUGAAUCCCCAGCCCACCUGGAUUCCAUUUGGACACUGACCCCGGUGUGCAUGAAGACGGGAGCCCUACGAUUAUAUUGUAGACUCCAUUGGUUCUUUCCUGGUGGGAGGAGGGUCCUGCCCUUGCUUUAGCUGUCAGAGGCAGCAGGUCGCUGGGCGUUUGGCCUUCCCAAGGGAGGUUGGGUUGAGGGACAGAUGGGAGUUGCCCCCAGAGGGAGGGCAAUAGCCAGCACAGGCACCAGUUCUCCCAUGCCCACGUGGUCCUGCUCUCUGGACCUCAGGCGGCCCAGGAUCCGUCCGUGGGUAUGUCAGUAUCCUCGUGACCCACCGAGCAAAUGAUUCUCAGACGAUUUGCAUUAGGUCAUUUGAAACGUUCUCACCCAUGUUUAGCAUCUACUCUGUAAAGCACGAGAAGGGAGGCAAAGAAGAAAAAGAUACAGUGGGGCCUUCUAUUUAGUGGAUGUUUGAUGUUUAAGCAGUGGAGGGAAGAGGACAGAGGCCAGCACUGAUGGGUGCGGUGCCAGCCCCCUGCAAAUGCACAAGCGUGGCUUUCCGAGACUGGCCGUCUCAGCCGCAGGGUCAGGCCGGGGCUUCAUCUCCACUCUGUAUCUCCCCUGCCAUCCUGUCCUCAGCGGUGAUGACAAGCCUGAGGGAGGAGUUCGGCUGGUCAUCUUGUUGGUAACUCAGUGGUUUCUUUGUUUUUUAACCCAAUACUGAGGUUCUUCCUGUUCCCUCAAAUGCUCCUAAGGGCUUCUAGGCUUGAGGCCAAUUCCAGAGCAAAACUGAUUCUGGGUCUCCUACUUCUGCCCCCUGUAGAAGUGUAGGGCUAAUAACCCAGCUAGGGGGAAAUCCGGGCCUCACCUUCCACAGACAUGUGACUGGGAUUCCACUGCAGGCUGCCCAGCCUUCCUCUGCCCGGGUGGCCGUGCCCAUUCAGACAGCUGUCAGACAGAGAGCAACCAGGGACACUUAGCAUCUCUUCCCAUGAGCGGCUGCGGCAGCAACGAAGGAGGACAAGUGGCCCAGGACCAGUGCCCCCAUCGGAUCGCUCUUGGAAAUCUGGCCUCCUCUCAUAGCUCACCCAGCAUUCCCAUAAGUGCACCCACCUCAGCAGACUGUGUAUCCCAUUUCGGGUCUGGAAGGAAUUGGCGCCGUAAGUAUGGACCCACUCGAGGCCCUGCUCGGGGAGCGCCUGGGGCGGAGCUGGGGGGCGGGCACGGCCUCCUCGGGACAUGCUCUGGCGGGGCCUCGGGCUAGAGAAUGUUCUUGAGCAAGUCCUGGAGGUUGUCUCAGGGGUGACUAAGACAUGCCAACAUGGUAAGGAGGAAAGGGGGCCCCCCACCCCCCACUGGCCUGGACCAGAUGACCCAGCGUGCUAGAGUUAGAUGGACCUUCCAGAAGGCCCCGGCCCCUUUCCCUGACCUGGAGGAAGCAUGAAAACGCAGAUAGGGCGCCCCCCUGUGGAAAUUCAGAGUCCCCCCUCCCCAACCCUGGCAUCUUCUCUCACACACGUGUAGGCUAUGUUGUGUGGCUUUCCUUUGUGAGGAUGGAGGGAGAUAUCUGUAGCUUGUUUUAUAAAAAAUAAAAAUGGGUAAACCUUGGUA